AUAUGUAACAACAAUGUAACAACAUAGCUAUAAAUAAAAGGCCAUUAAGUAGAGUACGAGUUCAUGCAUGAUAACAAUUUUACCACAAGAAUUGACGACGCGGACAUUUGUGGCGGUCCUGAUUUACAUGACACACUUAUAUUCAAAGCUCGCGACUUGAAUGACUGCAGAGUUCUUUCAGUAGCAUAUACUCAAGGCUACGAAAUCGACAAUGGACAGCUACUUCCUGUACAUCGCGUCCCGGUUGGAAAAAUUGCGACGAGACAAAGACGCCAACAACCGCUCCGGAAGUUGGUUUGGCGAGCUUAAACAGUUGCAGUUCUGGCGCGCUGCAGCGGCCGAGUGUUUAGCGACUCUUCUGUUCGUGUUCAUCGGCACGAUGUCAGCGGUGGACAUAACGCAGCCUGUUGACGUCACGAGCAAGUUCAUUCGGGUCGGGUUGACAUUCGGCCUGAUGAUAACCGUGUGCAUCCAAAUCAUCGGUCACGUGUCCGGUGGUCACAUGAACCCAGCCGUCUCCAUAGCAAUGGCGGUUGCCAUGGAGAUCAGUCCGCUUCGUGCCGUCACGUACACAGCUGCCCAGUGCCUCGGUGGAAUGCUGGGAUCCCUACUGUUGAAGGGGGUGACACCCAGUUAUCUCCAUGGUAACCUGGGUGUGACGAGCGUUCACAUGGGGCUCAGUGGCGGCCAGGGUUUUGCCUGCGAGUUCGUGUUAACCUUCCUCCUGGUCACCUCCGUAUUUGCCUGCACGGACACGAACAGGACCCUGUGUGGCAGCCCUUCCCUUGGUAUUGGCAUCACUGUCGGCGUCUUGCAUCUCGCCGGGAUCCCGUUCACAGGUGCCAGUAUGAAUCCUGCCCGCUCCCUCGCCUCCGCAGUCGUCUCGCGGGACUUCACGGAUCUCUGGGUGUACUGGGUGGGGCCCGUGCUGGGAGGAUGUGUCGCCGCCGGCGUCUACAAGUACAUCUUCCUACCGUACAAGGACUUGGCCACCUUCCCAGAGGCGGAAAUAGAACUGGCAAGCUCUGCGGACGUGAUUGUGAUCCCCAGAUCCCACUUCAACGGUGACGUAACGGGGAUCAAUGGACGCCUGGAGCUAUCCAUAGACUGAACGCGCCGUGAUCAUGAUUUGCCAGAGCGCUCUCAUUGCAUGUGACUGAUCCGAGUCCUACAGGCGCACGUGUAUGUCAAUCAGAUACACUUUGAAUAUUCAUCAACUUACAUUGUGCCUUAGUCAUUAUCGAUCGUUAUAUGUGUUAUUAAACUGCGAAGUCCUGUAUAUAUACGCAUUAUGUCGUAUUUACUUAUUAAAACAUGUGUUGAUAAGUUUUGCAUAAAUCCGAAAUGCGUAAAGUCCAUAAAGUUAAAUUAAAUAUCAAUGAAAACAAACGCAUUCUAUUAGAGAUAAAUUUUACAAAAUGACAACUUAAAUGAGGCUUACAUUACUCUAAAAAAUAACCACUAAAAUGAGACUUACAUUGCUCUACAAGAUGACCACUAAAAUGAGACUUUCAUUACUCUACAAAAUGACCAGUUAAUUAGACUUACAUUGCUCUACAAAAUGACCACUAAAAUGAGACUUACAUUACUCUACAAAAAUGACCACUAAAAUGAGACUUACAUUACUUUACAAAAUGAGCACUAAAAUGAGGCUUACAUUACUUUACAAAAAUGACCACUAAAAUCUUCCUGUGGCGCAAUGUUGGCACUAUUUUCAAAUAUUCAAAUUAAUUUUGUGCACAUCGUAUAAUAUUACUCGAUCGUCUUAAAUCGUUUAUUAAUUUCCCAAUGUGAUGUGUUUUUUGUCAUGUUGGGUGUACAGUUAUUUUUUACUAUUUUGUUUGUGGUAUUAUCAAUUCCAUUUAUGUUGGUAUUUUCCAAUAAAAAAAUAAUAAAGCUUUGAUAAAAAAAAAGAUUAUGUUUAAUGUUCUUAAUACCUUUAGAGUGUUUUACCGGAAGGAGUAUAGGUUUGCCCUCUGUCUGUCCGUCCAAAAAGGGGGACUUUGCAAGUUCUCUUAAAGUUGUUACUUUUAUGAAACUUUGCAUACUUGGUAACAUGUUAUGAAUGGCUAUCCGAUUUAUACACAUAUUUAUUUAUCACCAGAGGUUAAACGGUCUGGUCGCUCUUUCUGCGAAUAGAAUUUUUUUAUUACAUUCAAUGUUUGAAAUAUGUACGCCAUUUGUCUGUCUCGCCCUCUGAUCGUUCAUCGGCCCAUUCCCAAAAUCUGGAUACUCAAAAGGAACAUGUUGUUAUUGUUAAUACUUUAUAUACCCAUAACGUGUGAUGUAAGGAUUAUGCAAUACCUUUUAUUUCUCCAGGGAACUUGUUAAAACUAGAAACACACACAACAUUGCAGAAAAAAAAGACAAUAAGAUAUGAUAUUGAAACAUGGUAUACACAUAAAACAUAAAAAGCAUAGUUGAGCAUCAUAAUUUGCAGACAUCUGGAAAAAAAUAAAAUAAUCUUUAAUUUAUUGCUGCUUUGCCAACAAGGAAUGGUAUUUGUUUAUGAAAUGAUACAAAUGCAUUUUUUUUACUGGACACUACAAUCGUAAAGCACAAUCUAGUUGUAGGAGUUAAAAGGAGCAGCCUGGGACCCUAGUUAACUCUUUCAGUGCUGGAACCGACUUUUGAAGGCCUUUGCAAACAGUUUGGAUCCAGAUGAGACGCCACAAAACGUGGCGUCUCAUCAGGAUCCAAACUGUUUGCUAUUCUGAUAGUAUUCUUUGAAAAAAAUCGAAGAAAAUGCUAAUUUUAGAAAUUCAGCAAACGACAUUUUAGCAGACGACAAAUUUCCCAGCAUGCAAAUGGGUAAUAUUGCAAUACUGACAAAGCCUCGUUUCAAACGGAAAAGUGCUUCUAUAUUUUAGUUCUUUCAUUUUCUUUGAAAUACUUAAGCGUUUUUCAAAUUUCAACAGCUUUUUAAAAUUUAUAUUGAUAUUUAAUAUGAUUUUGAUCAAAGUUAAUAAAAAAAUAUUCUUUAGUUUUAUCUAAAACCCUGAAAGUGUUUGCACCUUGACAACAUCCUGACUUACCAUUGCUAUCAGAUUUAGAAGAUGAGUUCCACUUUGUAUGUAAAUGUACUCAAUAUAUCACUAUCAGAAAGAAAUAUAUAAAACCAUUUUACUACAAUAAACCAUCUGUGUAUAAAUUCCACCAAUUAAUAAAUGGUAAUAACACAAAUGAGCUAUCAAUGUUAGCAAAAUAUGUUAAAUACUAGUAUGCGUUAAACGCAAGAAAUACAUUUUUGAACACUACUUUGUAGUAUACAUUGGGUUUUCCCCCUAAACACUGUAAUACUGUACUAAUACUUGUUAUAUCUGAUCUUGUUAGGCAUUUAAUUAAAUGUUAUAACUUGUCAUUAAGUAAUAUAUAAAUAUAUUUGUAGUUUUUUAUGUAUUGUAAACCUAUAUCUAAACAUAACAAAUUUUAAACAAAAUGUUAAAAACGUGACAUCAUGUAUGUAUUUGUUAUUGAUGUAUUCAGACGAUGCACUCUGUACAAGUCUCAAUAAAGUGUCUUGUCUUGC